AUGGUGCGCACCCUGGAGGAGCUGAAGCCAGAUGUAAAUUCGCACAUCCGAGCCAUCUCCGAUUUCCCAAAACCUGGCAUCAACUUUCGCGAUGUUAUGCCGUUGAUGGCUCAACCAAGCCUCAUGGGCGAGUUGUGCGCAGCAAUUGCCGAACACUACCGGAAACUUGGCGGUGUCGAUCUGAUCGCUGGAUUGGAGGCCAGAGGUUUCUUGUUUGGGCCCCAGGUAGCCAUCCUCCUGAACGUCCCCUUCGUGCCGAUCCGCAAGAAAGGAAAACUGCCCGGAGAAGACAUUGUCGAGGUUCAAAAAGGCGUUGUGAGGGAAGGGCAGCGCGUUGCCAUCGUUGAUGAUCUGCUGGCCACCGGUGGAACGAUGAAGGCAGCCAUCGAAUUGAUGCGAUCGACCGGGGCAACUGUCGUCGAAGCGUUUGUCCUCAUCGAGUUAACGCCGUUGAACGGACGUGCCGUCAUUUCCGACGUUCCCGUCAACGCGCUUCUCUCAUACAAUGAAGCA